GAUGCUGGAGGACAUCUCUGGAAGUGUCCACAGAGCCGGAGACCGGGUGUUAGCUGUUAGCUGCUAGCUGCUAGCCUCCAUCUAACUCCACGAAGCGGGACCUCCAGGCUCCAGUGUCCCCGGGGGAAGCUUCCUCCUCCUCCCGCCGCAGACAUGUCCACGCACUUGUACCAGCUGAGCAGCAAACUGCUGGAGGACACCGUGGGGACCGUGAACGAGAACCUGACCUCGGUGCUGCUGGCUGUCUCCGUCAUCACCCUGACUCUGGGCUACGUCUCCAAGCUGCUGCUCACACAGGGCCCGGCAAGCGACCUGAAACCUCCUCCAUACAUCCCCUCCUACAUCCCCUUCCUGGGCCACGCCAUCGCAUUCGGGAAAAGUCCCAUUGAGUUUCUGGAAGAUGCCUAUGAAAAAUACGGCCCAGUCUUCAGCUUCACCAUGGUGGGGAGCACGUUCACCUACCUGCUGGGCAGCGAAGCAGCGACACUGAUGUUCAACAGCAAGAACGAGGACCUGAACGCAGAGGACGUCUACUCCCGGCUCACCACCCCGGUGUUCGGCAAAGGGGUCGCCUAUGAUGUGCCCAAUGCUCUCUUUCUGGAACAAAAGAAGAUGUUGAAGACCGGACUGAACAUCGCUCAUUUCAAAGAACACGUGAAAAUCCUCGAGGCUGAAACCAUCGACUACUUCAAGAGGUGGGGGGACAGCGGAGAGAAAAACCUGUUCGAGGCUCUGGCCGAGCUGAUCAUCCUGACGGCCAGCAGCUGCCUCCACGGGAAGGAGAUCCGCAGCAUGCUGGACGAGCACGUGGCUCAGCUCUACGCCGACCUGGACGGAGGGUUCAGCCACGCUGCCUGGCUCCUGCCCGGCUGGCUGCCGCUGCCCAGCUUCAGGAGGAGGGACCGAGCUCACAAAGAGAUCAAGAACAUUUUCUUCAAAGUGAUUCAGAAACGCAGGAAGUCCGGAGAGAAGACUGACGACAUCCUGCAGACGCUCAUCGAUGCCACCUACAAAGAUGGACGCCACCUGAACGACAAUGAGAUCUCGGGGAUGCUGAUUGGUCUGCUGCUGGCUGGGCAGCACACGUCCUCCACCACCAGCUCCUGGUUGGGAUUCUUCCUGUCCAGAGACAAGGCUCUGCAGGAUCGCUGCUACGCUGAGCAGAAGGCCGUGUGCGGAGAGGACCUGCCGCCACUGGACUUCGAUCAGCUGAAGGAUCUCAGUUUGUUGGAUCGCUGUUUAAAGGAGACCCUGCGUCUGCGCCCCCCCAUCAUGACGAUGAUGAGGAUGGCUCGCUCUCCUCAGACUGCUGCAGGCUACACCAUCCCAGUGGGACACCAGGUCUGCGUCUCCCCGACGGUCAACCACCGGCUGCUCGACACGUGGGCGGAGCGGAUGGAGUUCGAACCCGACCGCUACCUCAACGACAACCCUGCUGCGGGGGAGAAGUUUGCCUACGUGCCAUUUGGAGCCGGCCGUCAUCGCUGCAUCGGGGAGAACUUUGCUUACGUCCAGAUCAAAACCAUCUGGUCCAUUUUACUGCGCAUGUAUGAGUUUGACCUGGUGGACGGAUAUUUCCCCACGAUCGACUACACCACAAUGAUCCACACGCCUCACAAGCCCAUCAUCAGAUACAAGAGGAGGAAACCCUGAGAGACGGAGAGAAGGGAGGGAGGGAGGAAUGAAUCCUGAGUGUUUGAAGUGGAUCUCUGUCUUUCUGGGACUUGAUUUGAGGAAACUUUAGAUGAACACACUUCGCUCUGUCUGAAUAUCAAGCCUGUGCUUUUCUGCUUCCUUCAUUUAGAUCUGGAGUCCAUGGUUUGUCUGAAUGUUAACGUGAUACAUCAUUGUUUAGUGUUUCCAGAGCAGAAGACACCUGUUGUGUGACUCUGACUCGAACACUGAUGCUCAUAUUCACAAUGUGAAUUCUUAAAAAAAAAAAGCCUGUGGACCAGUUUGUUUGGAGCUGUCCAGUGUCUUUUGACUGCAUCACAUGAUCUUCACCAGCAGGGGGAGUUUGUUCAGUUGUCAUGGAGAUAUAGUGUGAUACCUGAUCUGAGCCGGGAACAAUGAUAUAUUUUUUUACACUGCACAGGCCUGUUACCAGGGAAAACUUCCGGGUUGGGUCUGACACAAAAACAGAAUGAGUUUGCUGAAGAUCAUGUGAUAAGUUUGAAAGCUCCAGAACAGCUACGAACUGAAAACUUGUGGUGCGAUUGUUUCACCAGCUUUAUUAAUCCUACUUCCUCAGACAGACCAUGAAACACUUUACUGCUCCAAUUCCACAGAAACCCUUCGGCUCUCAAACUGAAUCACAAUGCUGCACCUUCAUGUUUUAUCUCUGCUGACGCUCUGAUCCUGUUGACGUUUGAUGAGAAGAACUUCAGUUUUGUCUUUUUUCCACUGUAACUGAACUCUUUCGUCUGUUUGCAGUUAUUGUUGCUGAUUAGAACUCUGCUCAGGUUUAAGGUUUAAGGCUGUAUUUCUAUAGGACAAUUUAUGAUCAUAUGGUAGCAAUGAUGUCCAUGAAUUUCCACGUGUAAAUGAUGCCUUCUUAAGUAAAAGUUUACUUUUUGCCCUUAUUUGCUGUUUGAUCACAUUAUAUUUUAGAACAAUAUGUCCAGCUGCUUGCAACAAACCACAUGGAAAUGGAAACCCACUAAUAAUGAAUGACUGAACUGUAACUAGAAAUUAAAUAAACAGGAUGGAGACACUAACUUCAAUCUUAUGAACAAUGCAAAACAUUGAAAAAUUGAACAAAUAAAGUUUGUAAUUUGACAGAAAA